AUGGACUGUGGGAAAAGUUUCAUACAGAGAUCAGACCUGGAUAAACAUCAGAGAAUCCACACAGGAGAGAGACCUCACAAGUGUAUGGACUGUGGAAAAAGUUUCAUACAGAGGUCAGGCCUUGUAAAACAUCAGAAAAUCCACACAGGAGAGAGACCUCAUAAGUGUUUGGACUGUGGAGAAAGUUUCAGAAUCACAUCAUCCCUUGUUUUACAUCAGAGAAUCCACACAGGAGAAAGCCCCCAUAACUGCUUAGACUGUGGAAAAAGUUUCAGACGGAGGUCAGAGCUUGUUAAACAUCAGGUAAUCCACACAGGAGAGAGACCCCACAAGUGCUUGGACUGUGGGAAAAAUUUCGUACGGAGGUCAGACCUUAUUAAACAUCAGGCAAUCCACACAGGAGAGAGACCCUACAAGUGCUUAGAGUGUGGGAAAAAUUUCAUACGGAGGUCAGACCUAAUUAAACAUCAGGCAAUCCACACAGGAGAGAAGCCUCACAAGUGUUUGGAAUGUGGAAAAUGUUUCACACACAGAUCACAUCUUCUAGCACAUCAUAGGAUCCACACAGGAGAGAGACCCCAUAAGUGCUUGGACUGUGGGAAAAGUUUCACAAACAAAUCAGCCCUUGUUUCACAUCAGAGAAUCCACACUGGAGAGAGACCCCAUAAGUGCUUGAUCUGUGGGAAAAGUUACACACAGAGAUCACACCUCACUAAACAUGAGAGAAUCCACACAGGAUCUAAACUUCUGUAACACAUGGCCAGAAAGGGUUAAGCUACUUGCAGGCUAAUUGACCCACAUUCAACCUUUAGACACAGGUUAGAAAUGUGUGUAAAUAGGAAUUAGAGCUAUCCACAUUAGAUAAGCUAGAGCUUUGAAAUGUAAACUUUUAUGGUUAAAGAACUGGAAGAAGAUAGUAAUUGUACUAGUCUAUGCUUACUUACAUUUUGUUAGAAGGUUAACAGUGUAACCAAAGGGCUCCUGUCUAGGGCUGUAUUUUGUUCAAUCUGAGAUGGACAGGAAAUAUUAACAAAUAGAGAACACUUGGGUGUAAUAAUGUCAUUGUCUACAUGUCUCUGUAAAGUUUGUGGAAAACUGUC